AUGAGCACAGCCUUCGCUGGUGCUUUACAGGCUGAAUGGAAUGAACGUAAGCCUUCGCAUCGUAUCACGCCGAAACGAUCGGGGCACGUGGCGUUUCCGAGUCCCCAUUCUUCGGAUGUCUAUAUUUUUGGAGGUUACGCCGAAGAGAGUCCUUCCAAUCGCUACGUGACGAACGAUCUGUGGCGGUGGAACAGUGAACAACAGGACUGGGAAUCUGUUGGGACCAACGGAGAAUCCCCGCGGGCUCGACUAGUGGCGGCCGCGGCCGUCUUGGCAGGCAAGAGUGACCGUUCGCAACACUUUCGUGCUUACGUUUUUGGAGGGUGGGAUCCCGGUACCAAACAAGAUGGUGGUGAUAUUCUAGAGACAAUCCAUCGUUUGGAUUUCGGUCGGGACCAGGAUAGCGGAACAACUAAUCCUACGUGGGCGCACUUGGACGUUGUUACGCCAGGUGGGCCCACCUCUCGACACGUCGCGGUCGCCAUACCGGAACGGAAUCAAAUUGUUCUGCAUAACCACCGAUGCCACGAUAUGGUAUGGAUCUUUGACGCCGACCGUGAAAGCUUUGUCCAACAAACGACAUCUGGACCGUGCCCUAGUGCCCGCGGUUUGCACUCGGCAACCCUAUCGAGCAAGCAUGAGAUUGUGUUUUUUGGUGGUGCCUCGCAGGAUCAAACCAUGUCCAACGAAGUCUUUGUACUUGAUACAAAAUCUUGGACGUGGAGGAAGCUGAUGGACAACGAAAAGAAGGCUCCAUCCCCACGAGCAUCUCCUUGCCUGUGCCGGUGGUCCGACGACAUUGUCUUGGUCUACGGUGGUGCAGAGUCCAGUAGUCUGGGACUUACUCCUCGCAGCGAUGUUUGGGCGUUGGAUUUGAGGAAAGAAACGUGGAACUGUUUGUUGCCGGAUGAUCAGCCAGCGUCGACAUUUUGUCCUCCGGCUCGCAACGCCGCCACGUUGGUGGAAAUGUCGAGCUCCGAAAACGGAAAAGAAUAUUUGCUGACGGGAGGAUGGUAA